AGCCUCUCCGCGCAGCCCAGCCCGAGCGCCGAGCGCCGCGCGCCGCCGCCACUGCAGCUCGCGGCCCCUUCGUCUCCGCCCGCCUUUCCCGCGGCUGAUUUGCCUUAAACUCCCUAAAAUCUCCGCAGCUCUGGUUCCUGUUGCCGCCGCCAAGAAGAGAUUGAAAUGGUGGGUCACAGGAGAUCAGCACACCUUUCAAGAAGUGACAGUUGUUGGCUUGCAAGUAAAGAGACAGAAAAAUACUAACCAGCCAACAAAGCACAAUCUCCAAAAGCAUAACAGUCUGAGGCCAUUUUGUGUAGAUGCAAACAACCCUUGCAAAUUUGAACAACUACUAUAUUUCAGCAAAACAUAAUUCUUUCAGAGGAGAAAACAGCUAGCCAGCAUGAUGCCUUCUGUAGAGUGGGCGCUUUACAGAAUACGUGUUGAAUGAAAUCACUGAUCUAGGAAAAGUAAAAAUUCCUCAAAUGAAUACAGAAUACUUGUGCUACUGCUGCUGAUCAACACUUUAUACAGUGCCUGGUAUACCAAAGGUCUCUAAUUAACAGAAGAUGGCAAAGCCCAGCCACAGCAGCUAUGUCCUUCAGCAGCUAAACAACCAAAGAGAAUGGGGUUUUCUCUGUGACUGCUGUAUUGCAAUUGAUGACAUUUACUUUCAAGCACACAAGGCAGUUCUAGCUGCCUGUAGCUCCUAUUUUAGAAUGUUUUUCAUGAACCAUCAGCAUAGUACUGCACAACUGAAUCUCAGCAACAUGAAAAUUAGUGCAGAAUGUUUUGAUCUCAUUUUGCAGUUUAUGUAUUUAGGAAAAAUUAUGACAGCUCCCUCCAGUUUUGAGCAGUUUAAAGUGGCAAUGAACUACCUACAGCUAUACAAUGUUCCUGACUGUUUAGAAGACAUCCAGGAUGCAGAUUGUUCUAGUUCAAAAUGUUCCUCUUCUGCUUCCAGCAAACAGAACAGCAAAAUGAUAUUUGGGGUAAGAAUGUAUGAAGAUACUGUGGCUCGAAAUGGCAAUGAAGCCAACAGGUGGUGUGCAGAGCCAAGUUCAACAGUAAAUACACCACAUAAUAGAGAGCCUGAUGAAGAGUCUUUACAAUUAAGUAAUUUUCCUGAGCCACUAUUUGAUGUAUGUAAAAAAAGUUCCGUGUCCAAAUUAUCUACUCCAAAAGAACGUGUGUCAAGACGCUUUGGGCGAAGUUUUACCUGUGAUAGCUGUGGAUUUGGCUUUAGCUGUGAAAAAUUAUUAGAUGAGCAUGUGCUAACCUGUACUAACAGACAUUUAUACCAAAACACAAGAUCUUACCAUAGAAUAGUAGAUAUUAGAGAUGGAAAAGACAGUAAUAUCAAAGCUGAAUUUGGUGAAAAAGAUUCUUCCAAAACAUUUUCUGCACAGACGGACAAAUACAGAGGAGACACAAGCCAGGCUGCUGAUGAUUCAGCUUCAACCACUGGAAGCAGAAAAAGUAGCACAGUGGAGUCUGAAAUAGCCAGCGAAGAGAAAAGCAGAGCUGCUGAGAGGAAAAGGAUUAUUAUUAAGAUGGAGCCAGAAGAUAUUCCUACAGAUGAACUGAAAGACUUUAACAUUAUUAAAGUUACUGAUAAAGACUGUAAUGAAUCCACUGACAAUGAUGAAUUAGAAGAUGAACCUGAAGAGCCAUUUUAUAGAUACUAUGUUGAAGAAGAUGUCAGCAUAAAAAAAAGUGGUAGGAAAACUCUAAAACCUCGAAUGUCAGUAAGUGCUGAUGAAAGAGGUGGUUUAGAGAAUAUGAGGCCCCCUAACAACAGCAGUCCAGUACAAGAGGAUACUGAAAAUGCAUCUUGUGAGCUGUGUGGACUUACAAUAACCGAGGAGGACCUGUCAUCUCAUUACUUAGCCAAACACAUUGAAAAUAUCUGUGCAUGUGGUAAAUGUGGACAAAUACUUGUAAAGGGUAGGCAGCUUCAGGAACAUGCCCAACGAUGUGGCGAGCCCCAAGAUCUGACCAUGAAUGGGUUAGGAAAUACUGAGGAGAAAAUGGACUUGGAAGAGAAUCCUGAUGAGCAGUCCGAAAUAAGAGAUAUGUUUGUUGAAAUGCUGGAUGAUUUUAGGGACAAUCAUUACCAGAUAAACAGUAUCCAAAAAAAGCAGUUAUUUAAACAUUCUGCCUGCCCUUUUCGAUGUCCUAAUUGUGGCCAGCGUUUUGAAACUGAAAAUCUAGUGGUUGAACAUAUGUCUAGCUGCUUAGAUCAAGAUAUGUUUAAGAGUGCCAUCAUGGAAGAAAAUGAAAGAGAUCACAGACGAAAGCAUUUUUGUAAUCUGUGUGGAAAAGGAUUUUAUCAGCGGUGUCACUUAAGAGAACACUAUACUGUUCAUACUAAGGAAAAACAGUUUGUUUGUCAAACAUGUGGAAAGCAGUUUUUAAGAGAGCGUCAGUUGCGACUGCACAAUGAUAUGCACAAAGGCAUGGCCAGUGGUGAAAUAGGGCCUUCUAAACCUGUGGAGAAGUGAGAGAUCUGAAUUUGGAGAGGACAUGGGGAAGAAUCAAUCUUCAACAGAUAAUCUUUAAGUGCAGACCCAGGAAUAUCAGAUCUGAAGUGGCACCAUCUUUUCUGUCUUCCUGACAAACUUCCAUCAACCCAAAAAGUUCCAGUUGCAAAGAUCCAAGAAAACUCAGUAAAGAUCACUUUGGAAUCACUUUGUUGUAACAAAAUUGAUUCAUGGUGACUCUCUAACAUCUGUGUAAAUCUGCUGAAGAAAAGUAACUAGAAAAUUUAUACAACAUCAGUGGUUACAGCUAUACUAAAAUAAAACUUUAUAUGCUAAUUAUCUUCAAGGGUCUUUCUAAAAUAAAAGGGGUUGUUAGGCUACUGCAAAUAUAAAGAGACAUAAUCACAAAUCUAUUUAUAUAAAUAUAAGUAAUUCUAAACUUAAAAUCACUAGAAUUAUAGCUUAAAUAUUAUGAAAUGUACUUAGGCAACUUAAAAAGUUACACCAAAAAUCUGUAGUUUAGAGUGUAAGAAGUAAUGGGUACAGAGAAAAAAAAUUUAAGACCAAUAUUUUAACAGGAUAAUUUGGUUAUUACUCACUAUCGUAAAACACUUGCCCUUCUUCCUUUUCCGUUGUAUAUGCCAGUCACAACCUUGAUCUUUUAUAUUAAUGAAACUCCCUUUUAAACCUGUUAACUUGAAGGAGAACAGAAAUGGUAUUACUUCAAUAGUGGUAGAUUUCCACAAAUCAGACACAUUAUUUUCUUCUGAACUUGGCAAUAUAACCUAAUAAGGCAGAAUAAGUUUCUGUUAAAAUACUUAUUCUCGAUAUUUAUGUAUAAACCAUGCUUCUCAGCUUUCAAAUUUCAAGAUAAAAUUUAAGUAUUCAGUGAAACGAUGGUUAACAUGUUUUAAAAAAUCUUUAAUGGAGAAGUUAAAUAUUUGGUGAGAUUUUAGUCUGGCUAUAAAUGUUUUGUUUGAUAUAUAUAUAUGUGCACAUAUAUAUUACUUAACCAUAUGAAUUUUAUUUCCUUAUUCUGAAUAUACUUGUAGUUUUACUUCUUUCUGUUUAUGUACUCAAUUCCUUAUGAUUAUUUUGUUUCUUCUGCAAUAUCAAGAUGUUAUAUAUUUUGAGAAAUGCUUAUUUUUAUGACUAUUCCAAUGUUUUAACAAGAAGCACAGAGAUUUACAGUAUUCUUAAUAGUAUGUGCAGAAGUUACAUCAUUUAAAAAACCCUCGCUGUAAAGUAGGAUAACUUGAAUAUUCAUUCUAAUAAUUAGACUAAGUGAAAAUCUGAGAAAGAGUUAAUUGCAAUGUGAUAGUGGGUAGAAAGGAGAGAAAAACCCACUAAAGGGUUCAAAUACAUGUGAAUUCAACUGCUUUAACAGAAAUAAAACAAAUAAGCCUAGGGAAAUAUUAGAGUCUAAAAAACCCUAGAGUUAAUCUCUUUUGGGAACAUGAGGAGGUAUACAGAACUGCAGACCUCUAAACAUAAUUAGGAAAAAGAAAAAUAAAAGAAUAUUACCAAUAAUUAAAGGUGCCAGAUCAAAAUAGUAAUAAAUCAACAAAUAAUUUUUGAUUGACUGGUGGAAUUAGAUUUACUAAAUAAAAAUGGCUUAAAUUUUGACUGUACUAACUGUAAAUGUAAUGAAUUAUAAUAAUUAUAAAUGGUAUAAAUGCAUUCUACAAUGUGAUUAUUUUCUGUAUUUUAGUAUAUAGUAUAAAAUGGAAUUAUUGGGUUAAAGUACUUUUGUUACAUUUUUUAAUCAAUUGUUUUUACCUAAUAAAAUUUCCUCCUCUAUAUUCCAAA